AUGUUUCCACACCAAAAUGAAGGUGAACCUUACACAGCACCUAAUGGUAGGUUCAAUCAUGUAUUCGGAUCAUUAUCAAAGAUUAAAUGCUAUUCAGAUGUCAUUUUGUUGUAUAAGAAGAUGAGUUUGGCUGGAGUAAAUCCUGAUUUGUACACAUUCAACAUUUUGAUUAAUUUCUGUUGUAAUCUUGGAAAACUGAAUUAUGGGUUUUGUUUGCUUGGAGAACUUAUAAAGAGAGGUCAUCAGCCUAAUGUUAUCACAUUCACAACACUGGUUAAAGGGUUGUGCCUCCAAGGAAAGAAUGAAGUUGCAUUUAAAGUGUUUGCUAAAAUGACUCAGACCACCUUGGGUCUUGCUCUUCAACUAAAAGACAACAUGUCAAAAUGGAACUGCAAACCGAAUGUCGUUUCAUAUUCUGCGAUUAUAGACUCACUUUGCAAAGGAGGUCUAGUUGAUGAAGCUUUGGUUGUCUUCUCUGAAAUGCAUAGAGAUUUGAGUGUUGUACCCAAUGUUGUUGUGUACACUUCUUUGAUUAAUGGACUUUGCAAUUCUGGCCGGUUAAUUGAGGUAAAGAGACUCUUUGAUGACAUGCAUCGGGGAAUUUCACCAAAUACGGUUACUUUUAGUAUAUUGAUAGAUUCACAUUGUAAAGAUGGGAACACGGAAGAUGCUUGGGGGUUAUUCAAGUUGAUGGACAAGAUAAAUAUAAAACCUGAUCAGAUUACUUGCAACUCAAUGAUCGAUGGCCUGUGUUUGGCAAGCCGGUUGCAAGAUGCGGUGAAACUGUUCGCCUGAAUGGUAGAUAUGGGCUUUGAACCGAAUGUUAUCAGUUGCAAUAUACUAAUUGAUGGGUACUGCAAGAAUCGUAAGUUGGAUGAAGCUUUGCUGUUAUUCGAAAAAAUGAAUCAAAAUGGACUGAAACCCACAGUAGUUACUUAUAGUAUACUAUUAAGGGGACUAUACCGGGAUGGAAGAAUGAAGACUGCUCAGAGGUUUCUGAAUGAGAUGCAAAAUUCUGGUCCAUCUCCAGAUGAAGUUUUAUACAGUACGAUUUUGGAUGGUCUGUGCAAGAAUGGAAAAAUUGUGGAGGCAAUGGAAUUGCUCGAAUCCGUGGAAGGUACUGGUGUCUUACCUAAUGUUGAAAUGUACACUAUCCUUCUUCAUGGUUUGUACCGUGGUGGGCGAUUGGAAGAUGCGAUAAAGCUGUUUAAUGAGAUUCCAGAAAAAGGACUGGUUCCUAAUGUAGUAACAUAUACCACAAGGAUCGCUGGGCUCUUUCAUCACAGGAUGUCCUUGGAGGCUAACAAAUUAAUUAUCCAAAUGGAAGAGAAUGGUUGUUUACCAAACUCUAGAACAUAUGACACCGUCAUCAAAGGUUUUCUUGAAGGGAAGGAGAUUGAAAAGGCAUUACUGUUUCUUCGCAGGAUGCGUGAAAGAAAAUUUGUACCAAGUGAUUCUGUUGUAUCCUUGCUAGUAAACACACUCUCAACAGAUGAACUGAAAAAUCUUGAGUUAUUUUUGUCAGACCUUGUAAUUGUUGAAGGUAACACUGAAAAUCUGAAAAACUUGAGGGGCAUUUGU